UUCGAGAGACUCAGAGAUGCACAGGUCAAAGCUGGACUCCCUCCCUGGGCGCCCUUCGAGUCUGAGGAGGAAUGGGGAUUAGCUCAAUGGCUUAUAAAGAAUGUUGGGCAUACUCAGCUCAAUGAAUACUUGAACCUUCCCAUAGUGCGU